AGUUUUUCCCAAUACAAUACGUACUCUCUGACGAAUAUUUUACUGUGUUCGCUUGUUUAUUGCCGUGUUCACUCCACCUCUCAUUCUAUAGUUUAGAUAACUGGAAUCAUUGUGUAAGGGUUCAAUACCAUCAAUUCAGUUUCGGAUUUACGACUAAUUAUUGUGUAUCGCCUUCUCCGCUUCGGUUUUUGUAAUACAAAUAAUUUUUGUGUUUCCUCGUCUACUAAGAUUCUAAAAAUGUCUGGCAUUGCACUUACUCGUUUGUUUGAAGAACGUAAGGGAUGGAGAAAAGAUCAUCCAUUUGGAUUCGUUGCUAAGCCAGCUAAAAACGCAGACGGUACAUUAAAUCUAAUGGUUUGGGAGUGUUAUAUCCCAGGAAGAAAAAGUACUCCUUGGGAAGGUGGCAUGUAUUUUUUACGUAUGAUCUUCAAGGACGAUUAUCCUUCCAGUCCACCUAAAUGCAAGUUUGAGCCUCCAUUAUUCCACCCAAAUGUAUAUCCUUCUGGUACUGUUUGCUUAUCACUGUUGGACGAGGAUAAAGAUUGGCGCCCAGCCAUUACUAUUAAACAAAUUUUACUGGGCAUUCAAGAUUUAUUAAAUGAACCAAAUAUCAAAGAUCCAGCCCAAGCCGAGGCAUAUACUAUUUAUUGCCAAAACCGCGUUGAAUAUGAUAAACGAGUAAGAGCACAAGCCAAAGCAAUGUCCAGAGCUGAAUAAGUAUAGUUGGUUAUAAGAAGAUGAUGAGUUAAUUUAUUUAUCUUUUUAUAAUAGUAACAAUUCUUAAUUGUUUAUACAUUUGUUCAAUAAGAAAUUUCCAUUUGUAUCAUAUCCAACAUUAAACAUUUAACUGGCUUUUCUUUUUUGUAUUAAAAACAGCUUUUUUUUUAAGAUUA